AUGCCUGCGAUGUGUCAUGGGUUUUUGUUCAAAGCCGUGAAAAACAAGUAACCAGGAAAACAGUGAAAAAUCCUGGAAAAGGAAAUGGCAUAAAAAUCAAUCAAACCAAAAAGCAGCUUUUCUCGAACAAACUCAACUCGAACUUCCCGUUUCCACGAUGAUCAAGCACAAAGUGUUCCGUGCAGCUGUGAAGCGCUUUUGCUGCAUCACAAAACAACAAUUUUACAUGUUUCUCGGCUACUUGGUCAUCCUCUUGAUUUUCUGCUGGCCUUCGCGGUUCGCCACUCACUACGAGUUCAUCCAACGCGAACAAAUUUUAUCGAAUCUCGUGGAAAAAACGACACGCAACGUCACCUUGUCGCAAGCGGUGGGCCCGAAAUGCGAUUACUACGACGUAAUUGAUGAGAAUCUCUACAUGUGGCGCUUGCCCUUCACCGAAUCCAUCCUCAACAACUACAAUCUCCGUUUGGGCGGCGAAUAUUUGCCGUCCGAUUGUGCGCCCCGCUACUCGACUGCCGUCAUUGUGCCAUAUCGCCAGCGUGAGACACAGUUAAAGCAAUUCCUUGUGUACAUCCACAACUUUUUGCGACGUCAACGCAUCCAUUAUCGCAUCUUUGUCAUCGAGCAGUACGACCCGAAGCCCUUUAAUCGCGCCAAACUCUUCAAUAUCGGUGCCAUGUACGCAAUGAAAUUGGAAUUUCCGUGUCUCAUAAUGCAAGAUGUGGAUUUGUUGCCCAUGAAUUUGGGACAUAUGUACGCUUGCACACCGCGUCCUCGGCACAUGAGUAGCGCACUUGAUAAUUUUCGCUACAAACUUUUGUACUACGGACUUUUUGGCGGCGCCAUUGCCGUGGAAUCUCAAGUUUUUCUCAAAGUUAAUGGCUUUAGCAAUUUGUUUAGUGGCUGGGGAGGCGAGGACGACGACUUUUAUGGACGCUUGAAGGCAAAUCACGUGGAUAUUUGUCGUUUUGAGCCGGAUUACAGUCGAUUUACGAUGCUGAAGCACAAGAAGGAGCAUCCCAGCAGCGAGAGACACACUUUUCUCGUUAACGGGUAUCUGCGGUACCACACAGACGGCUUGAAUUCGCUCGUUUACAAGGAAGUUGCCGUCAAGAUGCACAAUUUGUUCACGCAUAUCCUCGUUGAAACCUGAAUUUCGUUGGAAAUUCCUAGAAAACGGACGUUUUUGCUUGCGUUUUAGUCAGCAACGUGAUUGAUUUCAAUUUUUUAGGAGGAUCAACCACACAAAACAGAUCUUAGUGAAUUGCUCAACACUCAAUUUAGAGAAGAAUUGUGAUUUUUCGUGAAAAACAAGCAUUUUUCCAAAGAUUUAAAAGUAAUUUUAGUCUUAGACCGUAAAAUUUGUAGCCUUAGAGAAGUCUGCUUGUGAUUUGGUAGGCUUUCACAUGACAAAAAGUUAAUUAGUAGGUAAUAAAUUUGACAAUUUUGUGCUUUCAAAAAUUGAUUUUUUAUGGAAACUUACCUAAAAUUUACUCAACGUUCAUAAAAAAGGUUUAUC